AGACGCGCGGUGCCGGAAACUUUUCCCUCGCGCCGCCGCCGCUGCCCGCGCCCAUCUCCGGGCCGCGGCCGUGCGCUCUGCCGGGGCCGCCGCCGCCGCGGGGGCACCGGGCCGGGGGAAGGGGGCGCGGGGCGGCAGCGCGGGCGGGCGGCGCCCGGGCCCCGCCACGCGGGAGGCUGGGGCCCGGGCCGGGCGGAGCCGGAGAGCCAUGGGGGAGGCUGCCAGCCCCGCGCCCGCGCCCGCGCCCGCGCUCUGGGACUGGGACUACCUGGACCGCUGCUUCGCCCGCCACCGCGUCUGCAUCUCCUUCGGCCUGUGGAUCUGCGCCUCCUCCUGCUGGAUCGCCGCCCACACGCUGCUUCUCUACCUGAGAUGUGCAAAGAGAUGCGGACGGGACCAGUCAGUGCUGUGUGCUGCGUGCUGCCUCCUGACCAGCCUCUGUGACACCAUCGGGGCCAUUCUGGCCAGACAGCUCACCAUCCAGGUAUUCACGGGUGCCUACCUAGCGGCUGUUGACUUGGUGAACUUUGUCUUCAUCCUCUUCCCCAUCUGUGGCUGCAGACUGAAGUCUCACGUGGGUCGGGGCUCCCGGGAGAGGAAGAGGGGGCGGCGGCUCAGGGCCAGUGUAUUUGCUCUGGCCCUGCCGCUGAGCCUGGGGCCAGGCUGGGCGCUCUGGGCCGCCGUCCCAAAGGCUUCAGGCCCCAUCCGAGGGCCCCAGCGGAGGCUGCUGGAAAGCCUGCUGCAGGACAAUACUGAGAUCCUCGGCUACCUGUUGGGUGGCAUCGCUGCCUUUGGCUCCUGGGCUUCCCGGAUCCCCCCGCUCUCCAGAAUCUGCCAGGGUAAGGCGUUUCCCUCCAUCCACCUGUGGACCCGGCUCCUGUCGGCUCUGGCUGGCCUCCUCUAUGCCUCGGCCAUUGUGGCCCAUGACCGGCGGCCUGAGUACCUGCUUCGGGCCACGCCCUGGUUCCUGACCUCCCUGGGCCGAGCUGCACUGGACCUCUCUAUCAUAUUCCUCUCCUGGGUAAUGAAGAGCAAGAUGAGACGGGACUUGGGAUUUGCCCCUGAAGCCGGAGAGAGCCCUGACACCCAAGCCCUCUUGACCUGCGUGGAGAAAGAGGAAGAAAGCCAGGAGAAUUCAGAUUGGGUGCCUCUCACUACACUACCACCCUGCAAAUCACUCAGGACAAUGGCAGCCAUCAGUCACUACUUGGAGCUGACCAUCGAGCCGGUGCAGCAGGCAAGUUGCAGCACCACCAGGCUGCCCGGCGAUGGACAGAUGAGCCCUGGAGACGCCACGCUGCAGGAGCCCCCCUCGUACCCUCCCGUUCAGGUCAUCCGGGCCCGCGUGUCUUCCAGCAGCUCCUGCGAGGUCUCCUCCAUCAACUCGGACCUCGAGCAGAAGUAUUGGGAAGCCCUAAACUCGGAGCAGUGGGACCCUGAAGACAUAAACCUUGAAGGGAACAAAGACAACAUGGAGAUGCUCAGAUCCCAGGUGCAUAGGAGCUCCAUGGGCCCAGUGGCCCUGACGUCUGAUGAGGAACACCUCAGAGCCCCCAGUCGAGCAUUUGUCAGGCACUGAGCAGGGAACAUCCUGCAGUGACAUGCAUGGCAGGAAUCUCAGCUGCCGCAGGGGCGGCGCAUGAAAGUGAGGAACCAGGUGCUGUCACUGAGCUUGGCUGCUCUGCAUCGUGGCUCAGAACGGAGUGAAGACUCUGGGUCCCGUGGACAGACCUGGACAUGCGCAGAGUUUAUUCUGAUCAGAAGUUCCCAGAGCACUCUUGAAGUAGAAACCUUCAUCUAAAGGGCAUUGGGCCCUCUCUUCCUUUUCCCUUCAGAUUCAACCAUACCCUGAAUAUCUGCUAGGUGCCAGGAAGGAAUUUGUCUAACAAGUAGCUCAUGUGUUUGGAUCUCCGUAGAGCCCCAUUCUGCAAGACCUGGAUAAGCCCAGGAGAUGAGAGGGGUGGGCCCAUAUGCGGGAGAUACAGGACACGGUCACCAGUACUCAUGGGACCUGGCUCCUGCCCUCCCAGUCAGCCACUUGAGUUUUCUGCUAGAAGUUGGAGGUGGGACUGCUUGGUCAACCAGAAAUUUGUGAGAUCACAGGUGUUGAAAGGGCAAGAAAAGUUAAUUGCUCUAGGUAUCAGGACUUGCUCCAACCCGCCAGGGUAUGUGCUGGGCAGGAUUUGCAGGUGACGGGGACAGUCUGCUUCAGGAGCUAACAUGAAAGCAGGCAGAGGGUAAGAGGCACCGUGGGAGGUGUUAAGUUCAAGCACAGCCAUCUCAUUUUAGGAUUAUUUUGAUACUGUGAUCACGGGAGAGGGGAAGGGUGGAGGGAAUGGGGCCGAGGUGGGAGGAACACUGGAGUGAAUAAAUCAUGAUUGAGUUGAAGCAUCUCACUGUGGAGCAGAGAUGUCUGAAUCCCAGCACAGCCACAAAAGCCAGCCCUGAGGGCAACUGAGAGACAUGAGGACACACAGCUCUGCUCCUGGCUGGCCGCUUGGAGCCUGUGUGACUCAGUUGCAAUUGCCCAGUUUCUCCAAAGGGGUAGUGCAAAUCCCAGCAGCAUGAAGAAGGGGGAGCCUCAGGGAAGCAGGUGGGUUCCACAGAUCUCUGUGGAGAUCUUAAUCUUUUGAGUGCCUCUGAGCUAGAAGUGAACUUAAAGCCACCCUAUUUAUCCCCUUUAUCCAAUUGCUUUGAUCCCUGGGUGUCUUGUAAUGGAGUUUGCUAAAGUCAGUUUUGCUUUUUUUUUUUAAAGAUUUUAUUUAUUUAUUUGACAGAGAGAGACACACAGUGGGAGAGGGAGAAGCAGGCUUCCCGUGGAGCAGGGAGUCUGAUGCCGGGCUCGAUCCCAGGACCCUGGGACCAUGACCUGAGCCGAAGGCAGACGCUUAAUGACUGAGCCACCCAGGCGCCCCAAGCCAGUUUUGCUUUGUGAUCUUAACCACGGAAGCUGUUCUUAGAGAAAAGAUGAAGAGUUGAGUGGGGGAUGGGGUAGAGAGCACAUUCCAGAUGAAAUCAUACAGAGGAUUGGACACAGGGAAGGAUGGAAUCCAGUCCAGGAAGGAGGAGUCUGAUGUGGCCGGGAUGGAUGGUGCAGUCUGGGCUAGACGGUAAAGAGGCUGGCAAAGCAUCAGACCGUGGAGGCAAGGGAGUGGGCACUUAAUACUUGGUAGCCAUGACCGAUACCAGAGUAGGAAGGUGACUGACAUGACUCUGGUAGGCCAUGGCUUUUCAGGAAGCAGAAAUGUAGUCAUGGGCGCAGUAUGAAUAUGGAGAACGUAUUUAAUUGGAGUGAUAACGGCAGGGCAGGAGGGCUCAUCUUUAGAAAGGCAAGAAGGCACUAGGAUAGGAUACCAUCUCUGGAGUUUACCUUUUGCAUAUCCUCCCUCUCUCAAGGGGAGGCUGGCCCAUGCUCCCGAGGGCACCAGAAAUUGGCUGGGUCCUGAUGGAAAUGGCCAUUGACCCAAGAACAUCAAACAGUCUCACUGAUUUGAGCAGCACAAACUACCUGAGUCCCAGAGGUUGUCUGACUCCCUAGUUCCCAUCGUCCCAGCCUUCCUUCACAAACCAGUUCCCCAUGUUGUGGUCCAGUCUUGUCUCAAAGCUGAAUCCCAGUCUCUUCAGCCAGAGUGAACUAUUAAACUGAAAAUUCUGGAAGCCAACUUUGGCCUCCUUGUUCAAUAAGAAUCUGCCUGUUAUGCAAAGCUCUGGAACGCUGGAGCCUUUGUAAAGAGGUGCCAAUCAAAAUGCCUUUCUCCUAGUCGGAGAGUCCCUGUCCUGGGCCUCCACUGCAGCUUCAUCCCUGUCAGACCAGGAGGAUAACGGGAGUUACUAGCCCUGAAGAGUCACGGUGAAGGGGGUACCUAUAAGGGGAGAGGCUGGGAAACAAACUGUAACCAUCUCCUGCCUGCUCAUCUGGAUGUGAGUGACGGCAUACUAGGGCCUCAGUUGUGCUGCCUAUUAUCUGCAUGGCUUGGAGCAUGUUACCUAACCUUUAUGAACCGAGGUAAAUAGAAUCCCUAUCUACAGAGCUUGUUGUGAAGACUAAGUAAAUCAACAGCCAUGAACUGCAUAACACACAACGCCUGACUCUCAAAGUAGACCUUGAAAGGGAUUUAGUUUCCUUUCUCUCUAUACUUCCUGGCCGCUUAUGUGCUGAAAGGCUGUUAGUAACCAAAAAUAUCAGACCCACAAAUAGAACGGUCUUCAGAGGUUUGAAUCCCCUCGACAAUCCUUAUAAAUGAUUAGCCCCCACUUAAGCUCUUCCAAAAAAAAAAAAAAAAAAAAAGAUUUCACUCUUUUAUAUUCCAAAGUCUGUAUCCUUUAGGGAGAGUUCUGAUCACUAAGACUUUCUUAAAAUCCUGUCUAGAUCCAAAAGAACCACGAUCUCCGUAUCUCCUGCCAGCACUUCAGUAUGCUGAAGAGAUCUGUGAGCAGCACCUGAUGCCACACUCAACAUCAUGUUUGUUACCAUGGGGUAUGAGCUCCUACAGAGUAAGAAGAGGUACUCAGCCAAGGCGCAUGGCUGGGCUCUAGCUCCCAGAUCUGAUUCAGUGUGAUCCUUGUCAAGUCAUUUUGCUUUCCGGGUCACAGUUUCCUCAUCUGUAAAAUGAAAGUUAGGCCAGAUUUCUUUCUUCCCUUUUAUGAAUGUGCCGGUGAAUUUGUUUCCCAGAGAAGACAGACAUCUUUAUAAACUCUAUUAAGACAUUUCAGAUUUACUUUGAAAAUAGGAUUCAAUAUAUCAUAUAUACUUCUGUUUGGAUUUUGCUAUCCAAUUAAGAUAAAAUUUGUCUUUGUAACAAGAAGGGAUCAUAGCAUUUGACCUUUAAAAAUUUUGCAGAUUCCUUCCAGUACUGAAAAACCAAAAACUAUACACCACCUUCUUUCCAAACUUGGGCAUUUUGGUGAAUUCAUUUAGUUUAUUAAGAGGCUCUAUUAUUGGCAGUUUAUUUUGGUCAAGUCUCAUUCUUGCUUAACCAUCUCUUAUAUUGAAGGAUACAUGAAAAAUAUUUUCCACAGUGCGAGAAAAAGGAUCUGUAUCGACUGAGGAAAAGGAUAGAGAUGUCCUAGGAGUGUCUCAAGACUGACUUCAGAAUACUUUCAAGAUUGUCUCCACUUCUUUUUCUGUGCCUACUUGAUCAUUCUCCGCAUUUUCCAACUAUGCGGGCAUUGCUCUACUCUCUCCGACUUUACAUUGCUUUUUUUCCCCCAACGUUCAGGUCGAUGCUUUGGCAGAGCAGGCUCUGCCCUGAAACAAGCCAAGAUACAGCGCAAUGCUGACAAAGAUCUCUUCAAGUUUACACUCCUAUCUGGUAUUGAUCCAAAGGUCACCAUCAGGUGAGAGGGGCGUUCUUAAACAAGAAAGAAGUUCAAGAAAUGGUGCUAAAUCGAAUGAUUUGGAGAACAUCUGCUUUGCUUUUUCCUUACCAAACUCAUAAAGCCAAACAAGGCACCAGGCAUCCUGGGCUGCUGCUUCUGGGUUGGACACCUCAACAGCGCGUUAACUUUUAAGUGCCUUCAGAUUCACUCCAAACUAAUCUGUUGCUUGGAGCACGCGUCAUACUCUCCCGAUUCCACCGGAAAUUUUCACCAGCCGCCGGCACUGGCGGCAGAGGGCCCUGCUCUUCUCUCCCGGGGUCCUCAGGGUCUGCAGCUGCGAUUGCAGCAGGGCUCAGUCCCUGUGGGGGUCAGGGGCGCUUGCCCCCCUUCAAGCCCUGCUGGCCCGAUCAGAACUGAAUCCGGCCGACCUCUUUCCCGAGAAGCUGCCGAGCCCCGCAGUCCCGCGGUCCGCUCAAACCGCCGCCCGGACACUUCCGGGAAGAGCGGCACCGCGCGGCUCAGCGCGUGCGCACUCCACAGCCACCGCCUCCCGCGAGUCCCGCCGCGCGCGCGUUCCCGCCUCGCCGCGGGCGCGCGGGGGUCAGGAGAGCGGCCGAGCCGGGGCUGCUGGUGUGCCGCGGGGGUCGUGCUGAGAUGAUGUUCCCUUGCCUGACAUGGUUAGACCACUUGACCUCCUCUGUGGUGUACUGUAAAUCACUCUCGUCUUUGCUUUUAAAUACACAUUUUUAAAAAAUAAAGAUAGUGAGGGUAAUGGUUUGUUUUUUGGGUUUUUUAGGAAUCAGGUUGUAGCAAAACGUUUAUGAAGAAAAACAGCAGUGCCCUGCUCCUCCCCUCCGCCCUCAACAGCCCUGCUUCUCAAGCAACCAUCCUUUUUUUCUCUCUCUUCUUUUUCCUUCUCUCCUCUCUCUCUUUCUCUCCCUCCCCCCUUCCUUCCUCUUUCUACCAGUUUUAACUUGCUUGUUCUAGUAGUUUUCUCACUAGGUUUGAUUUCAAACAUGCUUUUUGGCUCUCAAGUUCUAAGAGUAUACUUUUUUCUCUUAGCUGGACUAUCUCCAGCUUCCCUAAAGUACGGGCUAAUGAGGCAGAGCAGCUCCACCUGUGUGUUGAGAACUAUGUAUUAAGAACUGUCUUCACGGGGCGCCUGGGUGGCUCAGUCGUUAAGCGUCUGUCUUUGGCUCAGGUCAUGAUCCCAGGGUCCUGGGAUCGAGCCCCGCAUUGGGCUCCCUGCUCAGCGGAGAGCCUGCUUCUCCCUUUCCCUCUGCCUGCCUCUCUGCCUGCUUGUACUCUCUCUCUGUCAAAUAAAUAAAUAAAAUCUUAAAAAAAAAAAAAAA